AUGCUGACUCGCAUCCUUGCCCAGGCCACCAAGGAAGCUUAUGUAGCCACCGAAAUCUCGACAAGAGAACAAAUCAACACCAUUCGAGCAUUUUGUUGGAAAGUCACCAAGUGGCAGGCCAGUUUCCCCCUUUUUAUCUGGCAUAUUUCACCCAAGCAGCCUGGUCUCCGGACUUUGACGCCAGCUGACAGUUCUGCAGGUGGCGCGGAGAAACAACUUUUCCCGUCUUUUUGGUACUCUCAAUACAUUGCCUUCAACGCACUGUCGAUCAUUUACCUCUAUCUCAUCCAAGUCCAAAGGCUCCGUAUUCCGCCAGUCGAUCUCCACUUCCUCCCGAGCCCGGAUGUCCUUCUUGGCUCCUCAGCCUUGAACGAAUCCACUCUCUAUAGGUUAGCUGAGAGAGCGGAAGCCCAUCUUGCCGAUGCCACUGCUCGAAAUGCACCAUCUUGGAAAUACAGUGUCAUACUCCAGGGUCUGCGUCGAGAACUCACAAGAUCGCAACCACCAGAUUCAGGCAAUCAUCACAUUGAGCGAGAUAAUGAGAACAACCACCAAGGCACAACGACUAGUGUGUUUUCCCCGUCCACGGCAUAUCAUCGCGAAGUAGUUGAUCCUUCGCAACCCACGGAGGAUAGAAUACAUACGCGGAACAUUUUCACAAUCCCGGAUGAAGAAGAAGAAGAAGAAACAAACGACAUGGUUGGACUUGAUAAUAUUGCUUUAUCCUCUGUGUUUGAUCCGCAGACUGAAUCUCUAUUGGAAAACCUUGCUACGGAUGAAGAUUUAAUUCUUGAUUUCUGGCCACAGUUCGAUAGUCUUAGUCUUCCAAUUAGUAAGUGGUCUAUCUCUCCGCUGCGUGGGACUUGCUGA